AUGUACUUCCAAUCUUUCGCCGUUCUCUCGCUCGCCGCCCUCUCUGUCGCUGCACCCACAUCUAGCAAGCGCGCAGUGUUGGCCCGUCAAAGUGGACCAGUUCUCGCCGACACAACCUACAACGACAUCUCCAUCUCAGGUGGACAGGCUGGAAAUGCCCAAGCCGAGGCCAUGGCGGUCUUCUCGGCGCUGGACCUACAGAACCCUGGAAACAUCGAUCCCGCAGAUCUUACCUUUUUGAAUGAAGUCAACCAAGUCGCCAAUGAUGCAGAAAAGGAGGCUUUUAACCCCGCAGUGGAAGCUGCUACCGGUGAUGAGGCCGACCAGAUCCAGAACGGAAAGAUCAAGAACAAGGUCCUGAAGCUCAUGGCCACUGUCAUCAAGCUUCAGGCUCAGCAAGCCCAGGGUGACGAUUCCGUUGCCGACAAGCUUGCGGAGGAGAUGACGAAGCUCAACAACAACAUCAAGCAAGACACGGCGGCUGCCGGCCAAGUGUCCAUUGCUGAGCCUUUUGACGCCACCAUCUCUGGCGGAGGCAACUAA